UCCACCGGAAAUAUCUCUGUCGCCGCCGGCACCGGCCGCCGCCGCUUUCCCGCCGGCUGCGCCAUGCUCCGGGUUCGAGAGUACGUCGUUUCCCGUCUCCUCUCCUCCUCCUCCUAUCUUCACCGCCUCCUCUCCGCAGCAGCAUCCCCCAUUUCUCUGAACCCCGGUGGAUUCGCCGUCGAGGAGUACCUCGUCGACACCUGCGGCCUCACCCGUCCCCAAGCCCUCAAGGCCUCCAUGAAGCUCUCCCACCUCAACUCCCCCGCCAAACCCGACGCCGUCCUCGCCUUCCUCGCCGGCAUCGGCCUCUCCGGCGCCGACGCCGCCGCCGUCGUCGCCAAAGAUCCGCUCUUCCUCCGCACUAAAGUGGACCAAACCCUGGCCCCUAAGGUCGUCGGGCUCACUGGCCUAGGUCUAUCGAGUCCUGACAUCGCCCACCUCGUCUCCCUCACCCCCGACUGCUUCCGCCGUAGAUCCAUAGUCUCCAAGAUGCACUACUACCUGCCCCUGUUCGGCUCCUUCCACAACUUCCUCCGGGUGCUCAAGCGGGGAGGAUCCCACCUUCUGUCAUCGGACCUCGACAAGGUUGUCAAGCCCAAUGUUGUGUUCCUGAGGGAGUGCGGGGUAGGUGAUUGUGAUAUUGCCAAGCUGUGUGUCCCUGUGCCGAGGAUGCUGACCACCAACCCGGAGCGCGUCCGUGCGAUGGUGGCAUGUGCUGAAAGAUUAGGUGUGCCCCGUGGCGCUGGGAUGUUCAGGCACGCGCUGCAGGCUGUCGCGUUUCUCACCGAGGAGAAGAUCGCCGCCAGAUUGGACUACUUGAAGUAUAUGUUUGGGUGGUCUGAUGCCGAAGCAAGCAUUGUUCUGCGCAGGUAUCCUAGUGUGCUGAGGAAGUCAAAGGAAUCUCUGAAGCACAGGUCUGAGUUCCUGGUCUCUGAGGUGGGGUUGGAACCGGCGUACAUUGCUCAUCGUCCGGCGUUGCUCUCUUACAGCAUGGAGGGCCGUCUCAGACCCAGGUACUAUGUUAUCAAGUUCCUUGAGGCAAAUGGAUUGUUAGGUCAGUACCGGGACUACUUUAGCAUAGUCAUGCUGAGUGAGAAGAUAUUUGUGGAGAAGUUCAUAUGCCCUCACAAGGAAGCUGCACCACUCCUUGCUGAGGACUAUGCAACAGCUUGCAAAGGGGAAGUGCCAACUAAUUUCAGAUUUACAUGAACAAAAAAGGGAUAUGGAAAUUGAUUACAAUGUAUGGUGCAACAAAGUUAUCACCUUGCAUGUAACCUAUUAGUACUUCCUGUUUCGAUGUUCUUUUCCUAAGAUGAUGUUGGUUGUUUUCUGUAGUACGCCUGUUGCUAAAUGCUAACUCCCUAUGAAACUGAUAAUUUGAUUCCUGAACCCCUAUUUGUUGAUGUUGUCAUUCCUUAGAGAAGAUCUCUGUAAAUGAGAAGGCCAUGGCUAUAUAUGUGAUUCCAACUUGCAUUGAAGAUCAUAGAAAUUGGAUGUGUGGGUCGACCAAUCUUAUGAUGAAACCAGCACCAUGAAACCAGAAAGCAAAAGAGUAAUGCUGUGUCAGUUUCCACCGAAAUGUAUCAGUAUGAUCUACUUUCAUGCCAAACUUUAUCUGUGUGGUCUAGUUUAGGAAGUGAUCAUCUGUGCGGUGACUCCAACCCAUUCUAUUGGCCUCUGUCCUGUUGUGUCUGCACUCUGCAGAGCAUCAGCAGAUCUGGGCUGCCGCUGUUAUUUUUUCCUGCUUAGUGACUUGAACUGAGGUACGUUGACUCUCUUUUCUUGAACGUCAUGAUCAAAAUAGAGAAGAACUUAACAGACGCAAGAGGGUGGGAAAAUGAAACACUUAGCAAAUUUGAUGAAGUGGCCUACUAAAGCAUGAUCAACAGACGAGUCUAAAUCAUUAACAUCUGUUAUUGUUUGUGAGAACUAAGCAAUGAAGAUGGCAUGAAUUGGUCUUGUCAGAGUCUACUAUUCAGUGCUUGCAUAUGUGAUAUUCCAACUGUUCACAAAACUGCAUGUAUAUCUUUUGGCUAUAAAACUAUUGUUGAACUGUAGAUUCAGAAAAUCUGUUUGGCAUAGCUCAAAACUAUCUGCCUUCACUCAAACCAAAGCUGUUCGAUAUCAUGAAAUAAGCAACAUGACUCUUGUGAAACCAUAUAUCUUAAAUUUGCAAUUUGCAAGCUGGGUUUUUUGUUUCUUGUGCUUUAUCUUUUAAAACUUCGUCAGGACUCAGGAGUUAGUAACAUAAUUAAUAGUAAGGUGCAAUCUCGCUCAUUUAGUUACAUUCUUCAGUUCAGACUUUGUAGAACCAGAGCUGUUUUACCAAUAUUUUCCGUUACCACACCCGCAUCUGUAUGACACAAGUUCUUAUGUUUUCAGAACACUAUGAUUGGGCUUAAUUAUUUCUGUUAAUAAAUCACUUUCUCAUCUUAAAAUACAUCGGUGAUUACUGGAGUUCGAGAGAGAGAUUUUUUUUAUUGUUUCCAGAUGACCAAGAUAUGGCAAAGCCCUUCAUAUGGGAUUCAAGGGAAACAUGCAACAUAUGUGUUGCAUUAUGUAAGCUAAGCUGGAUUAUUGAAGUAAUUGUUCUUCAGGCAUUCCUUUAUAUCUUCUUAAUAUGAUGUUGAGAUACCUAUGGUGGCUCCUCUGUAGUGUUUGCAUUUCUUGGAAAUCUUUUCCUUUGGCUUAUAGAUAGUAGAUGUCUGUGAGAUUCACAGACAUUAGUUGCCCAGUAGCUUCUCAGAAGCAGUUUAGCUUCCUUAAUAAAUUUUUUGUUUCAGACCUACAUUCAGUCAGUCAUCCAUUGGCUGUUUAGUUCUGUGAAGCACCUAGAUUGUUUGUCUUGCAUAAUUUGUGUAGCUUCUAUAAACGGUCUCGUGAAUAAAAGACUGCCGCACCAGUGUUAGUUUC